GCAGAGCAGGCGGAGGAGGAGGAGAGAGGAGGAGGAGGAGGAGGAGGCAGUGGUGCCAUUGGGCCGGGGCAAUUAGCUCUCUUGCAGCUAGCUGCCACCGUUCGAGCGACGGGAGGCUCGCGUUCUUUCGACGAUCGCUGCUGUUGCAGUGGCUGUCUUGUCACUAACCGUUUUGGAGGUCGCACCUCAUCGCGAGGAGUUGGAGGCCUGAAAGAUCGGUCUUGAACGUGAGUGGCGACAGGGUCUAGGACUCUGAGUUGACCCGUCAUUUCCUUCUUGGUCACUGUCGCUCACUCGCUCCCUCGGACCUCUGUGCCGUCGGCAUCGACGAGAGCACGGGGCAUUUGUCGUUUGAGACGAGGGUGUCUGAAUGGACAAACUUGUGAUGAGAUUGAUCGGGAAAUGAGCAGGCUUUAGGGUUGAUUGCAGCCCAGUAAAAUGACGAAAGGUAAGAGUCAUCAUCCGCAGGCGUAUGGAGAUGAGGCGUAUUGGGACAAUCGCUACAGCCAAGAUGCCGGAUCUUUCGAUUGGUAUCAACGCUACUCAGGAUUAAGUCCGAUCAUCACCAAAUAUAUUUCUAAGACUCAUCGAAUAUUGAUGGUUGGCUGCGGUAAUGCAGUCAUAUCGGAGGACAUGGUUAAUGAUGGCUACCAAGAAAUUGUUAACGUCGACAUCUCACAGGUGGUCAUCGAUGCGAUGGUGAAGAAGUAUAAAGAUGUUCCUCAACUACAAUACUUGCGGCUGGAUGUUCGGGAGAUGAAGUUUUUCAAAGACGCGACGUUCGAUUCUAUUGUUGACAAAGGCAUGUUUGAUUCACUCAUGUGCGGAGCAAGCGCCCCCUACAGUGCUGCACGAAUGCUGGAGGAGGUUCGAAGGGUUUUGAAGCCAGGAGGUGUAUACAUGCUGAUCACGUACGGUGAUCCUCGAGUUCGAAUGUCGCACUUGAAGGGGCCAGAAAUGAACUGGUCCAUUGCCCUCCACGUUAUACCAAGACCGGGUUCGAAAAGGGCGGCAGAGAGUUCUUCUAGAGUCAUUACGGACCCCCUGCUUCUGAAUGACGAUGGCACUUUAGGUCCACAAUUUGGUCUGGAAGAUCCAGACUUGCACUACGUUUAUGUAUGCACCAAGGAAGCUCCGGUUAAACCAGCAGUUCCUGACAAGAAGAAAAAGCCUGCUGCCAAAAAGUAAUGGUCACGUAGUUCUAUCAAUCAAAGGAUUGGAAAUGACGCCAAGUUAUCAGACGCAAGAUGGUUCUCACUCAGUUGAGAAAACUGUUAUUACAUCAUGUUUCUAGAAAAAAAGGCCUUAUUCUGAAUGCACAUCCUAGAGUGCGAUUCGUGAUUGUUCAACAACCCAAAUGGGGCAUACAUCAGUGAAAACGGUAGGGUGCCGUGUAGUGGUUUGCUUUGUUACUGUCAGAAUUUCUAUAGCUCUGUGUCUGUAGUCAGAUAUCAUGGUUCGAGAAGUUCCUUCGUUGUCCAGCAGUCAAAACUUGUAAUCUAGUUUAUCAGGUACCAUGUCAUGGUGUCUUUUUCCCUGUGGCGGGACAGGCACAUCUAUUUUGUACAUUUGGAGAUCUACCGACAUUUAUAUAUCCGUCUAGAGGGCGCCUGCAUUUAUUGUUGCCACUCAUGCAAAUCUGUAAUCAGUUUGAUGUGUUUAUCAUAGUUUUCUCGACCU